AUGAAAUUAACGUCUGAUAAGAAGACCAAACGUCACAAGCAUCGACACUCGCCUUAUGGCAGUGAAUCAACAGUAAUGCCUCUUACGAAUGACGGUUCGGUAAAAAAGGGAAGCGAGAAUGAGGACAAAAGGGUGCAUAAGGAUGCGUCGCAUGAGAAGACUGUAAAAUUAAAGAAGCAGGAAGAGGAUGUUUUGAGCCCGUCUAGCAAAGAAGUAGGAAAAGGGAAAACAAAAAAGAAGAAAAAGAAUAAAGAGAGAACGGAAGAGAAGGAAAGGGAAAGGAAUGGGAAAGAAGAAAAGGAAAAAGAAGAGAAGGAAAAGGGAGAAAAGGAAAAAGAAAAGAAGGGAAAAGAAGAGAAGGAUAAGAAAGAGCAUCGGAGGAAAGGAAAGGAAAAGGAAGAGGGAAGGAAGAGGAAGAAGGAAGAGGAUAAAGAGAAAAGAAGGGAAGGAAACGAAAAGGAAAAGGAAAAGGUAGAACAGAAAGAACAGGGAAAGAAAGAGAAGGAAAAAGUAGAGGGAAAGAAGAGGAAGAAGGAAGAAGAGAAAAGUAGAGAAGAAAAGAAAAAGAGGGAAGAGAAUAUAAGGGAGGAAGAGAAGAGGAAAAAAGGAACAGAAAAAGAAAUGGAUGAAGGACAGAAAGGAAAAAAGGAUGUGGGUAGAGAGAAGGGUGAGAAAAGGAAGAGAGAGAAAGGAGAGAGGGGGGAGAAAGAAGAGAAAGGAGAAAAGGGAGAGAAGGGAGAGAAGGGAGAGAAGGGAGAGAAGGGAGAGAAAGGAGAAAAGAGAGUGAAAGAAGGGGGUGAAAAGAAGGAUACAAAGGAAAAGAAAGCAAAAAUGAAAAGGAAAAGUGAGGAAGGGAAUACGAAUGAGAGGGAAGACGUAAAUGGAGAGAAGGAGAAAGAACAAGAACGUCACAAGAAGAAAGCAAGAGUUGAAUCGACGAUUGCAAGUGAAACUGAAGAUAACAGCGGAAAAAAGAAAGAGAGGAAAGAAAAGAAAGAUAAAGAACCUGCGAAAGAUAAAAAAGAUAAGAAAGAGAAAAAAGACAAAGACAAUGCAAGCAAACUCGAUAAAAGCAACAACAAAUCUGCCGUUGAAGAUGCGUUGGUUUCGGAUGAUGAGAGUGUAGUCGCUUCCAAGGACCAAACGCGUUCUUUAUCACAUUCCACAAUUCUCACCUCACAUUGGCUUGACUCUCAGAUCUUGAAAGAAUUAGGCGUUGAAUUCAAAACGGGAUCUUACACAAAGAAAGAAAAUGCGAUUAUUCUAAAAGCUAUGGAAGAAUAUAAGCAGCUUCACCAACUAAGCACCGAUGAGCUGCAGGGACUCAUAUAUGGAAAAAACAGGAAAGAACACAAAGACUUUUGGAAAUGCCUUGCCACUGCUCUUGGUGAUAGGCCUCUCAGGUCAGUUGCACUGCAUGUACAGCGAAUGAACCAUCCGUACAGGAGGACUCCUGCCGAGGCUCCUUGGACUCCUGAAGAAGACGAACAGUUGAAAAAGGAUCUUGAUUACAGACUAGAACUCCAGUAUGGAAAAAACUGGACCAAGAUUGGACAUCAUUUGAUGCGAACGGGCAGUCAAUGUCGUGAUAGAUGGCAGGAAUAUAUUCAAUGCAUAGAGUCUAGGAAGAAAGGCCCUUGGUCGACAGAGGAGUGUGAUCGGUUGUUUGAUAUUAUCUCGGAAAUGGUACGUAAUGGCCAGUCACCUGAACGGGAUAUUAAAUGGGGAACUGUUAGUAAGAAGAUGGAUAACACCAGAAGUGCAGAUCAAUGUCGGCAGAAAUGGUUUCGUAAUUUACAUUCUCGCCUUAAAAAUACACCGGGAAAGUGGACAACCAUUACCAGUAUUCGUUUGUUGAAGAAACUCGACCAGUUGAAAGACGUUCAUGAAGAUAAGGAAGUUUUGUGGGAUAGCCUUCAAGACGAUAUUCAAUGGAAUGAGGUAGUAAUCCGUGAACAAUGGCACAGAAUAAAGAGAACAGUCAAAGGUUGGCGGGACAUGACAUUUCACGAAAUAAUUACUGAAGCUUUGAAAAAUUACGCCAAAUUUCUCCCCGAAGACGAACAGUCAAGAACGACUGACGCAGAGUCUUCUGAUUAA